AUGCUGGGACCGAGAGGAGAAAAGGGAGACAAUGGAAAUCCUGGGACAAAUGGCAUGCCGGGAACAAGAGGAGAAAAGGGAGACAAUGGAAAUCCUGGGACAAAAGGCAUGCCGGGACCGAGAGGAGAAAAGGGAGACAAUGGAAAUCUUGGGACAAACGGCAUGCCGGGACCGAGAGGAGAAAAGGGAAACAAUGAUGCAGGAGGAAAUAUGGCUUUUUAUUGUACGGUUAGAGGAAAUCCUCCACCUAACGUCGAAUGGCGAUUCAAGGGCAAAAAACUUCUGCCAGGAGCAAAGUAUUUGAUUAAAGUGGGGGAGUUCAUCGUUAAGAAUCUAAAAUACAGAGAUGCUGGGCAGUACACAUGUCACCCCAAAAAUAUUCUUGGAUCGUCUGACGUCACUGGUAGCUUGACUGUUCGAGGUAAGAGCUGCUUAGUCAUGAUUAUUGACGCCUGUAAAGGGAGAGNAGAAAAGGGAAACAAUGGAAAUCCCGGGACAAAAGGCAUGCCGGGACCAAGAGGAGAAAAGGGGAACAAUGGAAAUCCUGGGACACAAGGCAUGCUGGGACCGAGAGGAGAAAAGGGAGACAAUGGAAAUCCUGGGACAAAUGGCAUGCCGGGAACAAGAGGAGAAAAGGGAGACAAUGGAAAUCCUGGGACAAAAGGCAUGCCGGGACCGAGAGGAGAAAAGGGAGACAAUGGAAAUCUUGGGACAAACGGCAUGCCGGGACCGAGAGGAGAAAAGGGAAACAAUGAUGCAGGAGGAAAUAUGGCUUUUUAUUGUACGGUUAGAGGAAAUCCUCCACCUAACGUCGAAUGGCGAUUCAAGGGCAAAAAACUUCUGCCAGGAGCAAAGUAUUUGAUUAAAGUGGGGGAGUUCAUCGUUAAGAAUCUAAAAUACAGAGAUGCUGGGCAGUACACAUGUCACCCCAAAAAUAUUCUUGGAUCGUCUGACGUCACUGGUAGCUUGACUGUUCGAGGUAAGAGCUGCUUAGUCAUGAUUAUUGACGCCUGUAAAGGGAGAGGAUUGAACCACCUUAUUUCGUAUCGCUUUUAUUCUUUUCGUUUUAUUAUUAUUAUUAUUAAUUUUUUUUUUGUGUGUGUGUUUUGCUUUUGUUUGUUCGAUUUAUUUCCUUUUUUUGUAUUGCUGUCAACUUCUACAAUUAAUAUGCCGCUAAUGUUAAUACUCAAUAACUGAUAAUUAUAAAUAUUUACAUUUAUAUACCACUUAAAAUAUAUAGAGGAUAUUACACGGUGGCGCGAAGAUAUGAAUUUUAUUUUCGAGUGGCAAAACAAUAUUUUACGAACGAGCGCAGCGAGUGAGUGAAAUAUUGUUUUUGCCACGAGAAAAUAAAAUUCAUAUCUUAAAGCCGCCGUGUAAUGUUCUUUUUAUUAUAUAGACAAAAUGACAUCGAUAAAAUAAUAGAGGGACGUGUGAGAUUAUGGAAAAUAAACCACUCGGGUCCCGGAUGUAGGUUUUAGGAAUUUUACGAGUGGUAUAUUUUUCAGUAGAACACUCAUGUCUAUAUAAUAAGACAACUUAAAGUUAGUAUCAUCUUGUAAAAUUGUUGCUCCCAUCGUCCAAAAGAUCCGCACAAGGAUUGUUCUCUAUUCGUUGUUAAAAAUACCUUGUUUAUCAUCUGUCAGGUCUUCCAGUUUUCACAAAAGUUCCACCAUUACUCGCCACGCCAGUAAAGCGCACUACCUAUCAGGUAGUUUGUCAAGCUGAAGGUUUUCCUCGUCCCACAAUAAACUGGAGAAGAGUGGGAAUGCCUUUGCCGGCUGGGAAGACUGAAGUAAACCAAGGGACACUAACCAUUAAGAACCUGACUCCUGCUGACAGCGGUUUGUACGAGUGCAUUGCAACGAACUUAAUGGGGACAAAGAGGGCUAGAAUCAACGUAGUCGUUCGACAACAAAGGCUAGGUACGCUCUGUUUUUAA